ACUGCCUAGUGUAAAAGUUCUCAAAAUAAUUCUCCAUCCAAACUUCGGGUUUAUGCUGAGAGAGUCGACACGGAUCGUCCACAUACGAAGUCCACGGACCCGGGAAGACGGAACUGUGGGCGCGUGUGCUCAUGCGCACUAGCAGCGCCUGGAGUUCGACACGCUUGGCAAUUGGAUAACACGAGAUGGACUUGUGGGGAUGGGACUCCCGCGAGAGGCGCUUGCGAGGCUGCGAGAUGAGGAGAGAGCGCCUACGAUACUAGUGGAAUAGAUUGAUACUGAGCGCUGCUCAAAGUUUCCCUCUCUGAGAUGUGGGAAUGAUUAACUGCUUCAGUCCCUCUUCUGAAGAAUCACCAAUGAAAAGGGAAAAUUGAAUGCGGAUGUGUGUUCAUCUCUCUCUCCCUUUUUCUCCUUCGUCUUCUCCGUUUAGCUUUCAUGUUUUAGUGAUGUCGGAACUGUGAUUUUUUAGUGUGCCAGUUCUGCAAAUGCCAGAAUUCAUUUCUAUUGUUCUCAUCUUUCUCUGUCGAACAAUCUAGUAGAGAGGCCGGGCUAUUGAUUUUCCUUCUCUUUUCAUCGAAAAAGGAAUACCCAAAAGCCUCGCAUUCGAAUUUUCAUACAAUUUUUUCGGGCAUGGCGGCCCUGUUAAAUUCAAUGCCUCCUAUUACGAACCCAUGUCCGGAAAAGGCAAGAAAAGCUUGCGGUUUCUUUUCCCACAUCCCAAACGUCCAUGCUUUUUCGCUUAGCAAGGGUUUUUCCAGGGUUUUGGCAUCUUCCGAGAUCACCAUUUCUCAAAAGGAUACCACUUUCAACGUACCCAGUUGGAGGUCCGGGGUGAAUGGCCCAAGAACCAACACUAUCAGGCUCAAUGAUGCGUUUCUGUACCUAGAGUAUAUGGUGGGAAAGGGUCACAAGCCUGAUGUAGCUCAAGCAACUCAGCUCCUGUAUGAUCUUUGCAAGUUAAAUAAACUCAGGAAAGCAACUAGAGUGAUGGAGAUGAUGAUCAGUUCAGGUACCCAGCCGGAAGCAAGUACUUACACUUUCUUACUGAACCAUUUGUGUAAGAAAGGAAAUGUAGGUUAUGCCUUGCAACUUGUCGAAAAAAUGGAAAACCAUGGGUACCCAGCUAAUACUACAGCAUAUAAUGCUCUUGUUAGAGGACUUUGCAUGUAUGGAAACUUGAAACAGAGCUUGCAGCUCUUGGACAAGUUGAUGCAGAAAGGGUUAGUCCCCAACGUAUUCACUUACUCAUUCUUGCUUGAAGCCGCAUACAAAGAGAGAGGAGUAGAUGAAGCAAUAAGACUGCUUGAUGAAAUUAUCGCCAAGGGUGGGAAACCUAAUUUGGUGAGCUACAAUGUACUGUUGACUGGAUUUUGCAAGGAAGGUAGAACUGAAGAGGCAAUUCAUUUCUUUAGGAAUUUGCCAACAAAAGGAUUCAAUCCAAAUGUUGUCAGCUAUAACAUCUUACUGAGGAAUUUAUUCAAUGAAGGACGGUGGAAGGAGGCAAAUGAGCUUCUGGCUGAGAUGGACGGUGGGGAUCGUUCUCCGUCCAUAGUUACCUACAAUAUAUUAAUCAGCUCACUUGCCCUUCAUGGCCAAGCUGACAAGGCUCUUGAGGUUUUGGAUGAAAUUAUAAAGGUACAGCUAAAGCCCACUGCCGCAAGCUACAACCCAAUAAUAGCUUGUCUCUGCAAAGAGGGGAGGUUCAACCUUGUGGUUAAAUGUCUAGACCAAAUGGUUUAUCGGCGUUGUAAUCCUAAUGAGGGAACAUACAAUGCAGUUGCUGUGCUGUGCAAAGAUAGGAAGGUGCAGGAGGCAUUCUCCAUUAUUCAAAGCUUGGGUAGUAGACAAAAUUUAACACUACAUGACUACCAUCAAAUUGUCAUUUCAAGCCUUUGUAAGAAAGGGAACACAUUUGCAGCAUUUCAACUGUUAUAUGAAAUGACAAGAUCUGGAUUUACACCGGACUCCUAUACCUAUUCAUCUUUGAUCAAAGGAUUGUGUCUGGAGGGAAUGCUAGAUGAGGCCCUGGAGAUUUUCAAUGUAAUGGAAGAAAACAACUGCAGGCCUGAUGUCGACAAUUUUAAUGCGCUUAUACUUGGUUUUUGCAAAUGUCAAAGAACAGAUUUGUCCUUAGAGAUUUUUGAGAUGAUGAUUGUGAAGGGGUACAUGCCUAAUGAAACUACUUAUUGUAUUCUUGUGGAAGGGAUUGCCCAUGAAGAAGAAACGGAACUGGCAGCUGAAGUUCUAAAAGAAUUGUAUUUUAGAAAAGUCAUGGGUCGGAAAACAGUAGAAAGGCUUGUCAUACAAUAUGAUCUUGAGGGGCUGUCAAUUUAGGAGUAUGUAUGAAGCGUACGUCAUGUGUAUUUUUUGAAAUAAAGCUGAAUCAAAUUUAAAGUAAUAUAUCAUUGUUGUUGUAUUAGUGAUGUUAUCACCUCAUUGAUGAAAAAAUGAAUUAAAAAGACAAUUGGAACUA